AGUCCUCUAAACAAAAUAAAACUUAAUUUUUGAAAAUUCAAACAAUUCCUCACAAAUUUACCGAUUGCCCGAUAACUAUUGCAUAUGUCAAGCUAUCGAUAGACGGCACCUGACCACUUGGCUCUAACAACAGCAACAACAACAUUAAAUUAGAUAAUUAAACGAGGAGGAACGAUCGACGACCGGUGUGAAAAUGAACCGAAUUUGCCAGACUCUGUUGCGUCAAAGCUUUGUACGCUCCGCCGUUGGAGUGGCCCAGUCCCAGUUGUCCGGAGGAGUGCGUGCCGCCGCCGUGCCCACUGCUGCUUCCUCCAACACCACACCGCUCAUCCUCAGACGCUUCUAUGCCGCGGAUGCGACUGACAACAAUGCCGCCGCCGCCGCCGCCGCUGCCGUGGACAAGGCGACGCUGGACAAGCUGGUGCGCACCAACAAGGUGGUCAUCUUCAUGAAGGGCAACCCACAGGCACCGCGCUGCGGCUUUAGCAAUGCAGUUGUGCAAAUUCUGCGAAUGCAUGGUGUCCAGUACGAUGCCCACGACGUGCUCCAGAACGAGGCACUGCGACAGGGCGUUAAGGACUACACCGACUGGCCCACCAUUCCACAGGUCUUCAUCGACGGCGAAUUUGUCGGCGGCUGUGAUAUCCUGCUGCAGAUGCACCAGAGCGGCGACCUCAUAGAGGAGCUCAAGAAGGUGGGCAUUGUCUCCGAGCUGCUAAAGACGGAAGAGGCCAAGCCCAAGGAGUAGGGCUCCCCAAAGAUUCAAACCCCUUAAGAGACCUUAAAUGUUAGCGACGCAACGUUUUUAUUAUUAAAUGUUUAACUCAUAAUGUA